AUGAACCGGGGAGUCGACGUUGGUCAGUCCCACUUACAGCUUACUCGGAGGGCUCCUGCAACCGUAGUUCCCCGUGGGCGAGUCAUUGCCGACCAGUGGCAAGUCGCUGUGCUCAACAGGCUGUACCGACAUGCUGGUGCGAACGUUACGAAUGAAGAAGUUGCACGGGCGGCUGAAGAAACUGGUUUAACUUACAAAUGGAUCAGGAACUGGCUCCAGAGGCAACGUAGAUCAAAGGGGCGGAAAUCCAACUCGUCUGUCGCGUCUUCUAUGGGUGGCCCUUUCCACAGUGGACCUUCAGCUUCGCCUGACCCGACUACUCUCGUCGCUAGUCCUGUUGUAGGUGGCAUAGAACGGGCUUCGACAAGUGGGGCAGAACUACAAGGCCAGGAUCAAGACACACGUUCUUGUCGUUCGUGCCAAUCAUCUAAGUCUGACUACUCAGUGCAAGUAGGCAAACCGGGUACUUCUUUUACUGUGCCACUGCGUUAUGGUAUUUCUUCCUCGAGCUGUUCUGGCGACACUACUCCGAGCACAAGCUCUUUGACUCGUUCUCCAUCUCUUGGCUCCAUGCCUGCUGCGUUUCCACUCGCGAUGCCUCCUCAGACACUUUAUCACUACUGGUCAUCUGGCACCGCAUAUAAUUGCUUCCCCGACUGCGAAGCAAGGGGCCACCAGUUGGAUAGCUCUGCGCAUUUAAGUCGGGGUACCCUCCCCGUUCCCUCUACUCCCGAGUUACAAGCGGGUCAUUCUUGGGACCGUCGUAGCCGUCCCUACUCGUCAUACUUGUCUCAGCUUCUUCUGGAAGCCACCAACGCUCAGCCUCCCGUAUGCCCGCCUUCUUCUGAACAGUCUGAUUACUUAUCUGCGCUGUCUCGGCCACCUAUGUACACUUUGUCUUUCACUCCCUCGAUGCACUCAUACUCGGCUUUUGCGUCAAGCGCUGUUAAUACGAAUCAGGGAGCGCACCUCGGUUACUCUCCCCUGCCAGUUGCCUUCAAGGCGCGUGUAUCUGACAUUGCUCUUCUGACAAAGAAGAUUUGCGUAAGGUCCGCAGAAAAUGCCCUGGUUAAUGAUGCAACGGAUACGCAACGUGGCAGCAAUGUAGACCACGAGUCCUCCUCAAGGGGUGUUGCAUACUUACCUCCGCCCCCACUUUCUCCGCACGGCGAGAUGACUGGUCCUUCUCCUCUUGCAACACAGGACGACGAUGAUCAAGACGACGAGACAAGUGACGAGGGUGAAGAGCUCCUUUACCACACCAGCGAACUGCCGGCUUCUAUUGGUUACUCCGUUAAGGCAGGCGGCACAGACAUGCUAAACACGACGGAACUUGAUGUAAAACACCUUGUGGAUGUCGAAAUCGCACCCUCCGCUGAAGUAUUGGAUGUUGUGUGA